AUGAACGUAGCUAUAGAUGAAUAUGGACGCCCUUUUGUGAUAGUUCGGGAGCAAGAAAAAAAACGAAUUACUGGAUUGGAGGCACAUAAAGCGAAUAUUCUCGCUGCUAAAUCUGUAUGCGACACUCUCCGCACUUCUCUCGGACCAAAGGGAAUGGAUAAGAUCAUUGUUGGUGCAGAUAACGAGGUUACAGUUACUAAUGACGGUGCAACUAUACUAGAAAAGAUGGAGAUUGAACAUAAAUGCGCCAAACUAUUAGUGGAUUUAUCUAAAAGCCAAGAUGCGGAAGUGGGUGAUGGAACAACCGGAGUUGUUAUACUAGCUGGUGCCUUGUUAACCCAAGCCCUUAAGUUCCUAGACCAAGGACUACACCCUUUACAUAUAGCCGAUGGGUACGACAGGGCGUGUGCUAUUGCAAUUGAAAGAUUAGAGUCUAUUGCCAAACCCAUUAAUCUCAACGAUAAAUCGAUCUUGGAGAGAGCAGCAUAUACAUCAUUGGGAUCAAAAGUCGUGUCUAGUCAGCAGGAAUUGUUUGCUAGGAUUGCCGUAGAAGCGGUGCUAUCGGUGGCAGAUUUGGAAAGGAAAGAUGUCAACCUAGAUUUAAUAAAGGUGGAAGGUAAAGCUGGUGGGAGAUUGGAAGAUACCUGUAUUGUCAAGGGCAUUGUUCUGAACAAAGAACUGAGCCACUCCCAAAUGAAGAAAGAGACAAAACAUGCCAAGAUUGCCAUUUUAACAUGUCCUUUCGAGCCCCCUAAGCCUAAAACUAAGAAUAAAGUUGAGAUAACAACUGCCGAACAUUUUAAGAACCUGCAGAAAUGUGAACAGGAUUACUUUGUUAAAAUGAUUGAUAUGGUUCAAAAAUCGGGAGCUAAUUUUGUAAUUUGCCAAUGGGGAUUUGAUGAUGAAGCAAAUCACUUGCUGGCUCAAAGGGGAAUUCCGGCAGUUAGAUGGGUCGGUGGGGUUGAAAUGGAACUAAUUGCUAUUGCAACUGGUGGCAAAAUAGUUGCAAGAUUUGAAAAUCUCACUCCAGAUAAGCUCGGAGAAGCAAAACUUAUAAGAGAAAUCUCUUGGAGUACUGAAAAUACACAGGUGAUUUACAUAGAAGGCUGUAAAUGUCCACAAGCCCUAACCAUUCUAGUAAGGGGGGGGAACCAAAUGGCGGUGGAGGAAGCUGAAAGAUGUAUCCAUGACGCAAUUUGCUGCGUUAGAAAUUUGAUCCGAGAUAAUAGAGUUGUAGCUGGAGGAGGUGCUCCAGAAAUUGCAGCAGCUAUAGCAGUAGAAGCGGCUGCGGAUGAAUUUUACACUGUAUAUCAGCAUGCGAUUAGAGGAUUUGCCGAAUCUCUGCUAGCUUUGCCAUUAGCUCUAGCGGAUAACAGUGGAUUGGAUGCUUAUGCAUCGGUUAACAAGGCUAAGGCAAAACAGUUACUGGAACAAAAUGAAAAUAUUGGAAUCGACUGCCAUAAUAUGUGUCCCAGUGAUAUGUAUGUGGAGGGUGUUUACGAAACUUUGUAUUCAAAAAUACAACAGAUUUCGUUAGCUACUCAAGUUGUAAAAAUGAUUUUGAAGAUUGAUGAUGUGAUAGAGUCAGGAGAACUAUAA